CGUAGUUACGAUUUCGUGGGGCCAUUUACAAGAUUGAUAGGUUUUAUUGACAACUCUGAACAAAUUUACAUUACUUAAUAAUACACUCAUGAAACAUAAAACAAAGGCGGGUGUGUUGACAUAAAUAACAUUGAAAAAAGUUUCAAUAUUGAUCAAACGUUUACAAAGACAUGCAAGAAAGUCCAAUUGUCAACAAUCGGUCAACUAUAUAAAGUCACGAAUUUCUCGUGAAGCUUGCGGGCCGUUUGCAAGCUUGUGGUAAUUGCGUGCUUCCCGGAAAUAACAAGAUGACGGGCCAGGUAGAUCUCGUGAACCGAGAUCCGAAUAAUAUCAACAACCAUCUUGCUUGUCAGUUCGAGGAUGUCUUGGCCGAACCCGACGGCACCCACAGCAUCGACUGUGUCUGGAAACUCUCCUAUACAUGUUUCAACCUCUGGAAAGGAAUAUGCUACAAGCUCAUGACCGUGCUCUGUGGCAUCUGCAUCGCCGCCGAGUGGGGCUGCGAGUUUGCUUACGUUUCCUUCGCCCACAUCUGGUUCUUUACUCCCUGCUUCAAGAUGCUGGAUAUCAACUGUAGCUGCAUGAAGAAGAUCUACUCCCAGUGCGUCGGUUGCCUAAUCGAGCCCUGCUGUAUGGCGUGCGGCAUGCUCUUCCAUCAGUUCAAGAAAUAGGAAGACUGUCCGAACAUUUGAGACUCAUUCGGAACAAAACUGGACUUAAUGCAUGUUAUAGUAAGUUUAACCCUUACCCAUCAGGGGCGACACUUUCCGCCCAAACUGGAUUUUCGUUCAAAUGGGAUUUCUUUCGACCAAAAAACCCAUAACAACGCAACGUGUCGUGCGCUCACGCUCUGGGAAGUUACUUUAAUCACAUGCAUUUAGUCAAGUUUGUCCAGAAAUUUAAUAAGAUUGUCUGUGUAAGGUUGUGCUAUUAUAUUUUACUACUUUGGCUUUCUGGGCAUGGAAUUUUACUUCGUAAGCAUAAACUUUGAUAUCCUAUAGAUUACCCGACGCGCUCGUGUUCCUCCAUCAGUUAACCCAUUUAUGCCUAGUGGACUCUUCCAUCCUUCUAAAUUGGAUCAAUUUAUUUCCAAAAUUAUGGAUGUCUAGUAUAUUUAUUUCUAUAUUUAGAAUAUUAUUUACAGAAAUUCCUUUAAGCAAACAGCGCAGACCCUGAUGAGACGAGGCAUCAUGCGGCGUCUCAUCUGGGUCUAGACGCUAGGCAUAAAUGGGUUAAUAUUGUAUUGAUGGGCUUAUGAUUCUCCUGUUCGGUUGUACUAUUUGAUCUCCUGUUCGGUUGUACUAUUGGACUUGUUUCUUUCGGUCGUCCGGACAUGAAGUUAUAUUUGUUAAAGCGUGAACUGUGAUAUAUCAGAUAGAUCAGAUGGAUAGCCCGACUUAUUCAUAUUUGCGAAAACAUGUGCAAGACGAUUAAGAAAAUGCACGCCACUAGUAACAACAUAAAUUACCAGUAUCCUAAAUAACAUGUGUGUUCAUAAAUCACACGUAUUUAAAAAAAAUCAUUAUAUUUAAUGUCUUCGAAGCUUGGAAUUGCAACAAAACAGAUGUCAACUUUUCAACAUGGACCACAAAUGCGUGUUUAUUUUUAUACAGCUUCUAAUAUAUGUGUUUAUAUUAAGUUCUUAAAGUACCGUGUAUAUAUAUCGAACCAAUUUAUGAUGCGUCCAUGAUUAAACCUUGUGAGAUGAAGGUGCUAUGAAGUGUACAUCAUGAGAAAUGUUGUAACAUCGAGGCUUGAUUGAUUGUGUCGGGUUAUCUGUAUUGUUUUAUUAAUGUAUUUAUAAUUAAUAUGUUUUCAUUUUUAGUUGGUCUAUAAAAUGCCAAGUUUUCUUCCAUACGUAUGAAUUUUUAAUGAAACUAUACAUGUAUUACUGUACAUCUUAGCGCUGUUAACGUUACUUCUUUUAAUAAGAUUUGUCUUUGUUCUUGCGUUGUAUGUGGUACAUACAGUAGAGUAGAAAAAUGUCAAAUUCACACGCCUGGAAGAAUAAGCAUGUUUAAAUAAACCUUUAAUGAUGCGUACUUAUCUUAUACAUGUGUGUAUUCACUCAAAACGAUCUUAGAAAUGAGCCUCUUGCUGCGAAAAUAUGUUUAAUGCACGUGCGUAAGGUGUCGUCUUAGAUUAGCAGUCCGCAUAGGCUAAUCAGGGGCGACACUUUCCGCUUAGCGAAGUCUAAUUUAGGCGGAAAAUGUGGACUAC